GUAGUUUAGCUGCAGGCAGCCGCUCCCAGGUAAAUUCAUCUGGCCCUUUCCCUCCCAUUUGAAAUCGAAUAAUGUCAGCAUUUCACACACCACAACCAAUACAUCAAUCCAUGCAUCAAUAAUGGCAACUCCCACUUAUGCUCUCUCGGUCAACAUCUACGGCCGUGGCGACGCCACACUAGGCGACGGCCCCUCACACAUGGGCAUCGCCAUGUACAAGAUCGGGUCCCCCACCUGUUCAAUGCACCACAUCCGCAACCCUAACGAUAGAGACUUCAUCUAUGACCCGCGCACUCAACCUCUAGAAGACGACCCUGUCUUACGCGGCCGAUGCGAACUCACUACCUUCACAACUGCUGCACAAAAGGACCACGCAGAACAGCUCCUAUUUAACUUCGGACGUAAUGACGCCAAUAUCCCCGAAUUCGGGAUGUUGGAGAAAGAAGGCGUGGUGUCAUCCGGAGAAGGUCUAUUCUGGGAGGAGAUGAUUAACUUAAGUGCCGAUGCUAUGCAGGAUCGGUGUGAAUGGACUGGGAGGACGUGGGUUCCGGGUCUGGAACGGGUGUUUGAGGGGGAAGCUGAUGCGAGGUUUGUAGAUAAGGGCGGAUUGAGGCCUGUUGGUCGGUUGAGGCAGAAUUCUGUGUUGAGGGAGCGGAUGCUGGCGCUUGAGGGGAGUUUUCCUACCAAAGAGUCUAGGAGAAUAGAGGAGGAUUUGUCUGGGGAGAGGCCGUUUUAUGUGUCGAGUCCUUUCUUCAGCCGUACGGGCAAGAUCCCUGAAAGGGAGGGGGACGGUACAUCUGAUUCUGCUGAUGCUGCUGAGGGGAGCAGCCCUUCUACCAAUUGA